AUCUCUGACUUUUUUAAAAGGAAAUAUCAGUCCAAGAAUUAUUGUUCAAGGCGGUGCGUAUAGAUCCAUGCCACCUGAUAAUAAAUGGGAGUAUAAGAGAGCAACAAAGGAAUCUGCUAGAAAAGGAUAUGACAUAUUGAUGGUAAGUGUUCGUUAAAUUAAGCAUGUGAUUUACCUUUUACCCCUAACGACUUACUUUAAUUUUACGAGCAUAAACUCUUUCAAUUCAAUUCUUAAAAACCCGAUAUUAAUGUUGAUAUUUUCUGUGUUGGUGUUGUGUACUCCUGUAAAUAUGUGAGUGUAUAUCCACACCGGGCAAGCUUGAAAAAUAUGCCUGGCCACGGUGGGAAUCGAACCUAGGACCUUUGGAAUACUAGUCCAUGCUUUGCCAACUGGGCUACGCGGUCAGGUCGGUUCGAGUUGAUAUCGAAGGAACUAGACUCAGUUCCGAAAUAUCAUCAACUCGAACCCACCUGACCGCGUAGCUCAGUUGACAGAGCAUUGGGCUAGUAUUCCAAAGGUCGUAGUUUCGAUUCCCAUCGUGGCCAGGCAUAUUUUUCAAGCUUACCCGGUGUGGAUAUACACUCAGAGUAACAUCACAAACAAUCAUAUUCACCUGAGUACACAACACCAACACAGAAAAUAUCAUGAUUAAUAGAUUCCAUUGAUAUCGAAGGAACUAGUUCCGAAAUAUCACAUACUCGAACCAACCUGACCGCGUAGCUCAGUUGGCAGAGCAUUGGGUUCCCACCGUGGCCAGGCAUAUUUUUCAAGCUUACACGGUGCGGAUAUACACUCAGAGUAACAUCAAAAACAACCGAUAUUAAUGUAUUGAGCGCCAACGUUCUUCCCUGGAGUAAAAUCGUCUGGUGUUAGACAGAGUGAAAAUGCAACUUAAUGGGUUAAACCUAUUCUUUAACAGAACGGCGGCACGGCAGUUGAAGCUGUAGAAGCAGCAGUACGUGACUUGGAGAACAAUGAAUAUUUUAAUGCAGGUUAUGGGUCGUUAUUGAACAACGAUGGUGAAGUGGAAUGUGAUGCAAUGAUUAUGGAAGGACACACGUUAAGAUAUGGUAGAAUUACGCUUGUAAUUUAUACGCUGAUAACCAUUUUUCGUAGCCCCAGUUAUAUUCUGCUGUCACUGCGUUUUCUGCUCACGAGAAAAUACUUCAUUAUAGAACUGUAAAAAUGAAGUUUCUCCCAUAUGGAAGAGAGGUUCACUAUAUUUCACAACCAUAUUAUAGAUUUUCUAUAUCGCUCUCGGAAUGAAAUAUGCCACAGAUCAUUUCAAACAAAUUGAUUAUGAAAUUUGGCGAGGGCCAUGAAGUUAUCAGUGUGAAAUAAAGCCUGUUAUUAUUAUUAUAAUAAUUAUUAAUAGUUUGUAGCAAUAGCCCAUUGCAUAAUUUACGCAUGAUACAUAAUUUAAUUCGCUGACGGAGGUAUGCAAACUCGGAGUGCCUUCUAGUUUGGACAUGCUGCCAUUUAUUCUUCGUAAGUAACAUCUUUCUGGCUGAUCCAUGUCAUACAGCCUGACUUUACUUAAAUCUUUAGGUGCAGUGAUCUCUGGACGUCAUUUUAAAAACCCUGUUUCGCUCUCCAAAAUAAUCAUGUACGAAUCAUCUCACUGUGCCUUAAGUGGAGAUGGAGCUCUGCAAUUUGCUCAAAGAAAGGGAUUUCCAAAGUGUGAUCCGGGCGAAUUGAUCAGCGAACUGGCCAGAGAGAAAGUGAAAGUUAGUUACGAGGAUUAUCUGGGUUAUGUAAAGUAUUACUAUGGGAGUAAACCACUAGGAAAAGAGACACAUGACACUGUAUCAGCUGUUGCCAUGGAUACCUAUGGACAUUUGGCGUGCGCGAUGUCAACUGGUACAUGUAAAUCUCUUUUAUUUGGACUACAAAACAUUUAUUUUCAAAAACUUAGAAAUCUUAUAAUCUAA